AUGGAAGAGCGUGAAUUUAGUUAUUUGAGUUUCUUGGAUUCUCAAGCGGAUUCUCAACAAAAUUGUAGUCUCAUGUCAGAGUUUUCUGAUUUUGUUCAUGAUAUCUGCGAACAAGAUUAUACAUCUCAUUUUACAACCGAUGAUAUUUUCUCAACACGUGAAGAUUUAAUUAAAUGGGUUAGAGGGGUUGCUUAUAAUCUUGGAUUGAGAGGGAGACCCAUCUCUCAAGGGGAGGGAUGGGUGUUGAACGUAAAAUGUGGUUACCAUAAUCACGAUGUCUCUUCUACUCUAGUUGGUCACCCCUAUGCGGGUAGGUUGAAGUCUACUGAACAGUCGUUGCUUGUUGAUAUGACCAAAUCUCAAGUCAAACCUGCAAAUAUACUUCUCACUUUGAAAGAAAAAGAUGAUUGUAAUGUUACAACUCUGAAGCAAGUGUAUAAUGCGAGAUAUAGGUACAAACGUUCAAUAAGAGGUUCAAGAACUGAGUUACAACAGUUAAUGUUGAUGUUGGAACGUGAUCACUACAUCCAUUUUAGUAUAUGUCUUGAUGAAUCUGAUGUGGUAAGCGAUUUGUUCUGGACCCAUCCUGAUGCUGUGAAGUUGUUAAAUUCAUUCAACAUUGUGUUCUUAAUGGAUAGUACCUAUAAAACCAACAAAUAUCGGUUGCCAUUACUUGAGAUUGUUGGUGUGACCUCAACGGGAUUAACUUUCUCGGCCGCUUUUGCAUUUUUAUCUAGUGAAAAGCAAAAUAAUUUCAUUUGGGCUCUUGAAAGGCUAAGAGGUCUAUUUAUGACGUCCGAGGGUGGUCCACAAGUCAUUGUAACUGAUAGGGAUCUUGCUCUAAUGAAUGCUGUUGGCAUGGUGUUCCCUCAGUGUUAUCAUCUUCUAUGCCGUUUCCACAUUCAAAAAAAUGUGCAGGCAAAGUGCAAAAUGUUAGUAAAUUUUGUUGACGCAUGGGAUGUUGUACUUCAAGCCUGGGAGAAUGUCAUGGACUGUGAAGAUGAAUUAAAGUUCAACGAGGUUGAGUCUGCUCACUGGAGUCUGAAGAAAGUUCUUGGAAGUAGUAUGGGAGACCUUUGUUCGUGUUGGGAUGGAAUUCACAACGUUAUUAUCUUGCAACACAACGAAAUUAAGGCAUCUUUUGAAAGAAGUAUAAAUCUGAUCAGUGACUCUUACAAGGCAUUGAGUUAUAGAAGAUUAGUGGGUAAUAUUUCUAGAUGUGCCUUAGAACUCCUUGCUCCAAAAUUGGAAAGAGUAAAGAAGAUUGGAUUCGAUAGUAGUCGUUGUGGCUGCAUUCUCAGACAAACUUAUGGUCUACCAUGUGCGUGUGAAUUAGCACGAUAUGAUCCUGGGAUUAUUCCUCUCCAAGAAAUUCAUGUCAUGUGGACUAGGUUGAGCUUCUCCAAUGUCUCGUCUUCACAAUCUGAAGGGCAAUUAUCUAUUCAGAGGGAGGUUGAUCUACUGCUUAAUCUUUUCAAAGAAGUUGAUAUUGCAGGAAAAGUGACCAUAAAACAUAAAUUACUUGACAUAGUUAGCCCUUCCAUGACAUCGAUGUUACCACCACUGAGUAAAGUUAAGACGAAAGGUGCAGCUAAGAUUCAUAGAUCAAAGAAAUCAACCAAACGUGAUCCCUCCUAUUUUGAGCAUGUGGACGCCUUCAUAGAGUCCUCAAGACAAGACACAUUUGUUGCAAAAACAGAAAACAAGGUGAAGAGCAAACGUGUAAUUGAAGAGAAAGUAAUACCCAUGCUAGAACAGUUCAAUCCUGUUUUUCAUCCAUAUAUACUCGAUGUUGUCGAUGUUGUGGCGGACGGUCAUUGUGGAUAUAGAUGCAUUGCUGCAUUGUUGGGUAUGGGUGAGGAGUCGUGGCCUCUAAUCAGACAUGAUCUAUACAAAGAACUUAGCCAAUGGCGAGAUGAAUAUGCAACGUUAGUUGGAGGCUAUGAUCGUCUGGAAGAACUGAGAAAGUCUUUGCUAGUUCAAUCACCAUCAGGGGCUAAUCGAGACAAGUGGAUGACUAUACCAGACAUGGGGUAUGCGAUUGCUAAUCGGUAUAAUGUAAUCCUCGUGUGCUUGUCAUCAGUUCAGAAUUUGACUAUAUUCCCACUUCGUACAUCCCCACCUACUUCGCAAAGUCAACAUCGACUAAUUUGUAUCGGACAUGUUUACAAUUCUCAUUUUGUUCAGGUUCGUCUACAAGAAGGCUGUCCAUUACCGACAGUGGAUAUCAUAUCAUCUAGCAAUUGUUACCCAAAGGCAAAAGGGUGGACAUCAUUUUAUAGAGAUAGGAUGCAAGCAUUCCUAGAUUUACACAUAGUGGAUCGUAGUUAUGUAGAUCUCAUGGAAGACUGAUAUUUGUUGAUUGUAUUUAAGUAUUUCACUGUUGUAGUUUGUAAUUAUUUUACCAAUAUAUAAAAUUCUAACUCCUUUGGCCAAGGGACGGAUAUAUUUUGGCCUC